UAUGUCGUGUCGGUCUGGUUUUUGGGUUUAAGGCGCAGCCUUGACCCGUUCCCAUGAUGAAGGAAAAAGUGGAAUCAAUCUGAAUUUAUCAUAUAUCCAUUCUACUGUCCACAUCCAAUGUGCUGAAUUUUAAAUCAGAAACGACUUUCUCUCCCUCUCGUCUUCAAUGGCGACGAAAUCGGAUACCCUGAAGGCGAAUUCUUCCACCCUUCCUCCGGUUGUUCGUCCUUCUGCAAAAGUCCACCCAGCCAACGAUGCCGAACCAGACUCCAACUCAUACUCACUGGAAAAAUUCAGACUUUACGAAACCAAAGCGAGGUAUUAUCUGAUUGGGAAUGAUCGGAACAAGAGGUUCUUUCGGGUGUUGAAGAUCGACCGUAUGGAGCCUUCCGAUCUCAAUAUAAGUGAGGAUCCCGUUGUUUACUCGCCGCAAGAAAUCAAGAGCUUGUUACAGAGGAUUGCCGAAGGAAAUCGAGCAACAGGCGGACUGGCAUCUGUCUACAAGGCUUAUGGGAUUGCUGGUUGCAUUAGAAUUUUGGAGUCAUAUUAUCUAAUAUUGGUGACCAAACGUAGGCAAAUUGGUUCUAUAUGUGGUCAUGCAAUUUAUAGCAUAGAUGAGAGCCAGUUAAUUACGAUUCCUCAUCCCUCAAUCCAAACUGAUCUUGCUCACUCCAAAACCGAGCAAAGGUACAAGAAGCUUUUAUCAAGUGUUGAUUUGACCAAAGAUUUCUUCUAUAGUUAUACAUAUCCCAUUAUGCAAUGUUUACAAAAGAAUGUUCUAUCAACUGGCGAAGAAGGCAUACCUUAUGAGAACAUGUUUGUAUGGAAUGCUUUUCUUACACAACCAAUUCGAUCGAGAUGCAAAAAUACUAUCUGGACAAUCGCAAUGGCUCAUGGACAUUUUAAACAGACUCGGCUCUCAAUAUUUGGGCGUGACUUCAGCGUUAGUUUGAUUUCUAGGCGUUCUCGGCAUUUUGCAGGGACACGAUAUCUUAAAAGGGGGGUUAAUGACCGGGGAAGAGUUGCAAAUGAUGUUGAAACUGAACAAAUUAUUCUGGAUGAAGAAGCUGGAUCUUGCAAAGGGAAGAUGAGUUCAGUUGUGCAAAUGCGUGGUUCUAUUCCAUUGUUCUGGUCUCAAGAAGCUUCAAGAUUCAGUCCCAAGCCAGACAUAAUUUUGCAGAGGUAUGAUCCUACAUAUGAUGCUACAAGACUUCAUUUUGAAGAUCUAGUAAAGAGAUACGGGAAUCCCAUUAUUGUUCUUAAUCUAAUCAAGACAGUGGAGAAAAGGCCCCGGGAAAUGAUGCUCAGACGUGAGUUUGCUAACGCUGUUGGAUAUCUUAACCAAAUUCUUCCAGAAAAAAAUGACCUAAAAUUCAUCCAUUGGGAUUUUCAUAAGUUUGCUAAGAGCAAGUCUGCCAAUGUUUUGGCUGUUUUAGGCGGGGUGGCAAGUGAAGCACUUGAUUUGACAGGGUUUUACUAUGGUGGCAGACUUGCCUCCAAUAAAAGAAGAGUGACCCCACUUAGCCGAACAAAUACUUCAAGGGAUACAUCUCUUAGAGAUCUGAGAGGUAGUUCGGUUGAUCUCGUCAGAAUGGGAAGCAAUAGUGAUGUCUUGAGCUCUUUAGUGAAACAAGAGAGAGAGUCCGAUUCUAGUCAACUGAACAAGAAAAAAAAUUAUGGUGGCGAAGCCCCACAGUUUCAAAGUGGAGUUUUGCGCACAAACUGUAUAGAUUGCUUAGAUCGCACCAAUGUUGCACAGUAUGCUUACGGAUUAGAAGCAUUAGGUCGUCAGCUUCAUGCAAUGGGAUUAACAGAUAAGCUUAAGUUGGAUGCUGAUAGUAGUAUUGCUGCUGCUUUGAUGGAUAUGUAUCAGAGUAUGGGUGAUGCGCUUGCCCAACAGUAUGGUGGUUCUGCUGCUCACAAUACUGUAUUUCCAGAAAGACAGGGGAAGUGGAAGGCCACAACUCAGUCUAGAGAAUUUCUUAAGUCCAUCAAGCGAUACUACAGCAAUGCCUACACAGAUGGUGAAAAACAAGAUGCAAUUAACUUAUUUCUUGGCUACUUUCAACCUCAGGAAGGGAAACCUGCCCUUUGGGAGCUGGAUUCGGAUUAUUAUCUUCAUGUGUCUGGGAUUGGAGAUGAUCUUGUUCCAGAAUACAGUUCUCCUCCAGCUGGUACCAGACCUUUAGGAGUAGGAACUAUUCUUGCUCCUGUUCCAGCAUGUAGAGAGGAUUUCUCGCGGAUGAAGUUGACAUCAUUUGAUAAGUUGAUAGAGAAAACAUGUAGCUCAAUAAAGAAUGUAAGGCUUUGGACAGAACCAGAUCAAAAAACUGGGAAUUCUGGGGUGGCUCCUGAUGCAGCUGAAAUACAGCUGAAGAGUCCUAAUUGGCUUUUUGGGCAAAGGAAGUUUGAAGAACAUGACUCUGCAUCAAAGGUCACUUUACAUGAAAAUUCAAAUAAAGGGCAUGAAGAUGAAAGAGAAAUGAAUGAUUAUUUUGACCUUGGUCUGCUUUCUGCUGACAUGAAUGAUAUUGAUGAGGAGGAUGUCUUCAGAAGAUAUCUUGCAACGACUUCAGUAGAUGAGGCGAACGGCUGGUAUGGAGGUACAUUACUUGGUGACCAGGAAGAAACCAGCGACAUAUAUAAGCAUUAUUCAGAACUAUGCCAGGGUCCAACAAUUGAGCCUUUCCAACACGACGCAGAGAAAGAGAAGUAUUAUGAACAUAUUCUUAUGGGGGGAACAGUGGCGAAUGAGAAUGAUGAAGCAAGUGUUAAAGCAGAAAUGGAAGGGGCCCUUGAUGAGUAUGACCAAAUUGGGACAGAUCUCGGUAUUGCACCCAAAUCAUGCAAAAUCCAAGCCCAUGAUCCAAGUCAAUUGACCAGGUGGAUGAUUGGAGAAGAAAGAAUGCAAAGGUUAUAAAAGGAUUUGAUUAGUUAUAACUAUUGAUUAUAUAAGAAUGCAUAAAAUAUAUAAUACCUAUUUGUUGUUUUUUUAUAUAAGUUGUUGUUGCUGGUUUGUGUUCAAGGCUGGCUGGCAUCAUAUCAUAUGCCUACUUGAAAGAAUAUAUUUUUUGUAUACUUGUAUAGCUGAUGCAUAAUGACAAUUGGAUAUUUUGUUUAUGA